UACACGAAAAUGAAGACUGCCACCAAUAUCUAUAUUUUCAAUCUUGCAUUGGCAGAUGCCCUAGCAACAAGUACUCUGCCUUUCCAGAGUGUGAAUUACUUGAUGGGAACGUGGCCAUUUGGUACCAUCCUUUGUAAGAUUGUUAUAUCCAUAGACUACUACAAUAUGUUCACCAGUAUCUUUACACUUUGCACCAUGAGUGUGGAUCGCUACGUAGCUGUUUGCCACCCAGUUAAGGCUCUUGAUUUCCGUACCCCCAGAAAUGCCAAAAUUGUCAAUGUCUGCAACUGGAUUCUUUCUUCUGCCAUUGGCCUGCCAGUUAUGUUCAUGGCAACUACUAAAUACAGGCAUGGCUCUAUUGACUGCACACUUACAUUCUCCCACCCUGCAUGGUACUGGGAGAACCUCCUGAAAAUCUGUGUGUUCAUCUUUGCCUUCAUCAUGCCAGUCCUCAUCAUUACUGUGUGCUACGGGCUGAUGAUUUUACGCCUGAAGAGUGUUCGCAUGUUAUCUGGCUCCAAAGAGAAGGACAGGAACCUCCGAAGGAUCACAAGGAUGGUUCUUGUAGUGGUGGCAGUGUUUAUUGUCUGCUGGACUCCCAUCCACAUUUAUGUCAUCGUUAAAGCCCUGGUCAACAUCCCAGAAACUCCUUUCCAGGCUGUCUCGUGGCACUUCUGUAUUGCUUUAGGGUAUACAAAUAGUUGCCUUAAUCCAGUCCUUUAUGCAUUUCUAGAUGAGAAUUUCAAAAGGUGUUUCAGAGAGUUCUGCAUCCCAACCUCCUCAACUAUUGAGCAGCAAAACUCCACCCGAGUACGACAAAACACUCGUGACCAUGCUUCCACUGCCAACACUGUGGACAGGACUAACCAUCAGCUGGAACUUCAAGAAGCUGAAACUGCUCCACUGCCGUGACAGGGUCUCCUGCCGCAUAGCUCUCAAAGCAAUUACGCACCAGUGCCACGGUGUGUCUGGGCAGUAUGCUAUGGGAAUGUGUAGGAUACGCUUUCCCUCAAAA